AGGCCAAGAAAUCUGCAGUACUUGGAGAGCAUGCCAGAUCCGACUCUUCGGGAUAUCGCCUGCCGUCUGACAUUCAAAGCCACGGCUAUUAGUAAGUAUGAGCCUUUUAUGUAAGCAUAUACUGGGAACAAGGGAGGUUCUGAUAAGGCAUGUGCUCUGGGCUCAAAAUUUGAUAGUCAGUAUUUUAUUUUAAAGUUUAAAAAAAUUAAUAAACUUCACACCUCCUCGAUGACAAAGAAGUUUUAAAAAGUUGUCUUUUAAAGUUUGCUUGAGCACAUUAAACCAUAGUUUCACAUCUAUUCUUUAAAUUUAUUUAUAGUUACAUCCUUUAAACUUAAGAUUAGAUCAUAUACUCUUGUUGACCAAAAUAAUAAUAUAUUUUAGUCAAGUUUAUGAUUCUCAGAAAAGCGUAACAUGUAGUUGAGGUAGAGGUUUUUAGCACAGACCCCAUUGAGCACUGUACUGCAAGGACUGUGACAAACACUACUUAUUUCACAACUUCAGAAACUACGCUCAAUGUAAACUUGUUCAAAUGUUUGCAUUAAUUGUAUCUUGCACCUAUACACAAAGUUUAAAAAUGUUGUAUAGAGCAGUGAUCCUCAAAUGGUUUUCCGCUGAAUGUAUCCUUACAUUGCCAGUUUGCACAACAUGUAUAUUUUAUGGUCAAUUAAAAAUAAAAUAUAGUUAAUAAAUCUGGCACCUGUCUGGUUCAAAUUUUAAUGCUUGUUCACCGGUCUGUCAAACUUGAAAGUUAGGAAAAUACUGGUGUAGAGCAUUCUUCUCAAAGUGGUGUUCCAUGACCAGUGCUAGUUUCUGAGCCCCCCACUGGCCGGUCCAAAAGUGGUGCUCCAUGUCCAAGGCUCGUUUCUGAACUAGGUAAUAAGGCGGAGAGAAUGCAAUCAGGUUAGGUGAAAGGAAAUGAGAUAAACAAAAUAUGGGAAAACCGAAGUAUUUAAAAAUGAUUUUUGCAGAACAAUGGACUUGGUCCUUGUUAUAUGAGUGAUCUGAUUAAAUGAAGCUCUGUUCAUACGGACAUUAAUUUUUGUCUUUAACCAGGGGAUGUUGAGCUGCGAGACCUCAUCGAUGACAUGAUUUUCCACACCGAUGCAGCACUGGGCAGAGAAAAUGCCAGGUGUAAGGACUCUGAAUUGUACUUUUCAGAAGAGAAUAAUAAAUUAAAGAAGUAUGUAUCUGUCAUAUCUGGAGUAUUAUUGUUUAUUUGAAAAUCAUGCUUCAUCCCCAAAGGCUCGAAGUGCUGUACAAAUUCAACCAUAUUAAAAGGGAAAUGAAAAAAAAAAUUAUAUUAUACUACAUUGAAAUACAAAACGCAACAUUACAAAAACUACAUGUGAGAAUACCGAUUCUAAGUCUUUCAUCCCUUGCAACCAUAAACAACACAGGCCAAUAUACAUCUAGGAGAUGUAUGUAUCUGUCAUCUCUGCAGUAUUAGAAAUAUGUAUUUGUUAUCUCUGCGAUAGUGAUAUUGCCAAAAUAUUUGUUGUUUUUUUCCAAAAUAUUAUUUUACUUACGUAGAGAGGGUUAGAUUAAUUUAGUAAUCAUAAAACUACAUGACUACAUGUGCUUUUCAUGUAACAACAAAAGAGAAUAAUUUGAGGAGUAAUUUAAUAUAUAUUUCAAACUUACUGCAAUAUGAAUGACGGGUAUGAGGCCAGAGGCGAGGGUGGUAACCUCUGGCCGAGGAUUCAAAAAAUGCAGCCAUGAGAACGCUGCCCCUAGGCAACCAUUUCGUCCCAGCUACAGCGUGAACUAGUCGCGUUGUGGAAGCCCACUGUGGAAUCCCUCUAAUAGGGCGUCCGACGCUUUCCCGGGAUGGGUGGGGGAAGAUAUUAAAACGUAAAUUUUUCCAUCCCAACUCCUGAGAAAGUCGAUCGAGUGCACUAUUUAAACGCAUAGUGUCGGAUCGACCGGGUGCCUCCUGGUUGGGGCGGCCCCCAGGCGGGGUCCUGGUCAAGCGCCCAGGCGGGGGACUUGGGUGAGGGGCCCGUGUGGGGGCUGUCCUGACAAGUGGGCAUCUCCAACGUGCCGCUCCGCGGCCCGAUACGUCGGACCGGGGAGGGGUAAUUUGGGGGGGGGGGGCAUAAGAGUCUAGACUCGCCCUGCUGACGCCAUUUCUUAAUGUAACAUUUCAGUAAUCAUAACAAACGUUGUUUUUUUUUUUUUUGUAAACUAAAUAUGAAGGCCUUGUGUUGGCUUUAAAUGUGCUUUUUAUGUAACAACAAAAGAGAAUAAUUUGAGGAGUAAUUUAAUAUAUAUUUCAAACUUACUGCAAUAUGAAUUGUAAACAUUUGGUUUCCCCAAGGCGAAUUCAGGUUCUUAGUCAACAAUUGGAAGCUAAAGAAAUUGAAGAAAGAAUGUAUGUUCAGUCUCAAAAGGAUGGUCAGUAUUUUAACCCAAAAAAUCUAUUGCUUUUUUACAUAGGGAAAUAAUUGAUUUGUCUUGCUGUUAAUAUUUAACAAAUUUGAAAAAUAGUAUUUUUUAAUUUUUGAUAAUUAAUAUAUCUAUAAAAAAAACGUGUCCUUAUACCCUUUUGAUUUUACUCUAAUUUUCUAUAAUUCUUUCAGUGUCACAACUUGAAAGGAAAAAUAUGUUUCUUAAGCAAGAAAAAGAAAAGCUUGACAGUCAGGUGACUAAUCUUUUAGAGGAGAGGGCAAGAUGGCUGACCACUCAACAGGAUCUAGUGAAAACCAUCAGCAUGAAGGUGCUUACAUUUCAGUUAAUUUUUUUGACUGUGCCAUUAUUAAAUUUUCUUAAUUUUAUUGGACAAAAGGUUUGGCGCUAUGGAGGUGCAUCUUCCUCUUAAAGAGGAGUCACAGGUCCAUCCAUGGCACCAAUAUUUAUUGAAAAAAUAUUUUAUUUCUAAUGUAAAGAGAAGGCAACCUACACCAUAAACUAAAAUAUGUAACUAAAAAUGUACUUUCAUUAAUCUUUUCUGUCGAAGAAAAUCUGCUUAUAUUUUGAGAAAAGGCAAAGAGCCCUCUAUUGAUUGCAUGGCUUUAAAAGGGUCAUAUACCCCAUAGUUAAAUACCUAAUAGACGAACAACAAUUUAUCCUUGUUAAUCAUUCACACAUUUAUUGUUUUUAUUCAUUACAUAAACAUACAGAUCCAUUUAACAUAAUUAAAAUAUAUUCACUUUUACAAACAAUGUUUUCUGAUAAAGGAUCAUGAACUGCUGAAAAGGAAUGAGAA